AGCGGCCGACUGUCGUGUUUACAGCUCAGUCUCUGUCGGACCCCGAACGAAGCGCUAGUCAAGUCCGUGUGUCGGAGUAGGAUCGGAAGCGUCUCGGUUGACUGUGGGAGAGAGACCAGCGUAGCAGUACAGCGCAGAAGAUGGAAGUGUGUUGAACAAAAACAGCUGACUGCUUACCUAGUAGAUAGAGUGUGAAUGAGUUUCAGAGGAAUAGUGUGGACUUGUAAGUUCGAGGAGUUAACUUACUAUUGUUUUGGUUGAGAAAUAGCUGCAGUUUGAGUUAAGUUAGUUGAAAAAGUUGUUAACCAACUAUUUGUAUAGUUGUUAACAUCAGUCGGAGAAAUUGGAAGAGUUAACUAACUAUUGUGAAGUUGGUUUUCACGAGAAAAACUGCAGUUUGAGUUUAGUUAGAGGAGUUGUUAACUAUAUAUAGUUGGUUCGUGUAUGUAACUGUUUCUGAAGUUGUUAACAUCAAUCAAAGAAAUGGAAAGAGUUAACUAACUAUUGUAUAGUUGGUUUUCACGAGAAAUAACUGCAGUGUGAGUUAAGUCAGUUGGAGAACUAACUAUUAGUUUUCAAAGGAGAUAGUCUAGUUAGAGUUGAAAGUUUUGUUGAGGAGAUUAUUUGUGAUUUGUAGAGAAGUCCAGAAGUGGUAAAGUCGUUGGAAGUUUUAGAUAUUCUAUAGAAGAGAUUGGUAGAGUUCUAUAUUCUAUAGAAAGAGCAUUGUGGAUGAAGAAGACACCUUGGAGAAGUUGGAAGACUAAAUUGUGAAAGAUAGUCAAAUUUUGUAGAAGAUUGUAGGAAAGACAAAGUUGUUAGUAGAUUUCAAAAACUUUGGAAGAAAUUUGGAUAGUAGAUAUAAAAACGUUGACCAGUGAAAUCUGAUCUCAGAAGUAUAUUAGGAUAUUUCGUUGUAGUUUUGGUGUGUUAAGUUGAAGAAAAUUUGAGUUUUCAGAAGAAAACUGUGUGCUACUGUUUGAAAACUUGGUGAAAACAACUUGAAACAGUUUAAGUGGGAGAAGUAACUAGUAUUUACGGUGAAAAUAUUAACUGUGUCGGAACUGUGAUAUUAUUGUUAUCAGUAACUUAAUAAAAGAAAUCGACAACGACUUAGUAAUUAAUAUAAAUUUGUGAUAAUCGCGGUACCUGAGUUAACUAUCGUUAGAGAGAUAAUUGUAAUUAAGUAUCGAAAAGACUGUGUUCAUUACUACCUAUACAUUUAGUGUGCGAGUGAGUUUGUGUGAAAAGUUUUAAACUUACCGGUGAAAAAAGACAAGAACAAAAUGGUCGAAAGUAUUCUAGAGGAGCAGCCUCAUGGGGAGACUGAGAAUGGAGAGUGUGUGUCUGGGGUGUUGCGAGAUAAGACGAAUGAUGACGUACAGGCGCGCAAGGAAGAGGCUCGCCAAAAGAGAAGGAAGAAGAAGACCGCAACUAGUCUGGUUACCUCCUGCUUUCAAGAUCUAUAUCGCCUGACAGGCGAGGUGCUGGGUGAGGGCGCGUACGCGUCGGUGCAGACGUGCGUGCACCUGUUGACCGACGUGGAGUUCGCGGUCAAGAUGAUCGACAAGAUCCCCGGCCACUCGCGGCUCCGCGUCUUCAAGGAGGUGGAGACAUUCCACCACUGUCAGGGCCACCCCAACAUCAUUCAGCUGCUGGAGUUCUUUGAGGACGAUAACAGGUUCUAUCUGGUGUUUGAGAAGGUGGAGGGAGGUCAGCUGCUAUCGCGCAUCCAGGAGAGGGUCUACUUCAGUGAGCGGGAAGCCAGUAUGAUAAUCAAAGACCUGGCCAGUGCGCUCAAUUUCCUACACUCUAAAGGCAUAGCUCACCGCGACCUGAAGCCGGAGAACAUCCUGUGUGUGCACCCGGACCAGUUGAACCCUGUCAAAAUCUGCGACUUUGAUCUCGGAUCGGGCAUCAAGUUCAAUCCCACCCUUAAUUCGCCCCUAGCCACGCCACAGCUUCUCACACCGGUUGGCAGCGCGGAAUUCAUGGCGCCCGAGGUGGUGGAGGCGUUUGUGGCGAGCGAGGCGAGUUCGUACGACAAGCGGUGCGACCUGUGGUCACUGGGGGUGAUCAUGUACAUCCUGCUGUGCGGAUAUCCGCCCUUCUAUGGCCGAUGCGGCCAGGACUGCGGCUGGGAGCGGGGUGACAUGUGUCACGAGUGCCAGCUCCUCCUCUUCCAUUGCAUACAGGAAGGCGAAUACGAGUUCCCAGACAAGGAAUGGCGAGGCAUUUCGCAGCAGGCCAAGGAUCUCAUCUCACAGCUGCUGGUCAAGGAGGCCAGUCUGAGGCUGAGUGCAGCCUGUGUGUUGCAACAUCCCUGGCUCAAGCAGUGCGAGCGAAGCGCGGCUGCACAGGGCAAGCUCACCGAACGGCCUCUCACUACGCCGCAUGUCAUCAGGAGGAACAACAGCGCUCGGGAACUGUCGGCGUUUGCCGAGUCGGCCAUGGCGGUGAAGCGUGUGGUGCUGCAGCACUUCUCAAUGACGUCCGACUCUGUGGUCGACCUCUACCUGAAGGCGGAAGCCGAGGCGGAGGCGGACGCCAAUGCUCUGCCCUUUGGUCUGUCACCGCCGUCCGAGUCACGCCUGCUGCAGAGGCGUCUCUCCGCUGCCAGGAGUGCCAACAAUGGUGGCGAUCAUGUACAGGGCAUUGGAGGAGGGGCGACUGCCAAGCUGGUGGUGGGAGGAGGGGGAGAGUGCAGUAAGCAGGUACCAGCCGCUGCAGCUAUUCCCACUGUCAUUUCCUCAGCCAGCGGGUAGGAGAGAGAGGGUGAUAGGGCGAUAGUGGUGGAGUGAGAGAGAGGGUGAUAGGAGAAGGAAGGUGUUAGGUCGGCGCCAGUUGGUAAGAGAGAGAAGGUGUGAUAGGGGAAUAGAGGUGGUGUGAGAGAGAGGAGGGUGUAAUGUUGAGGAGGUGGAGGAUUACAGUAGUUGAAAGGAUAGAGGAGGAAGAGAAGGAGGAAGUAGUUAAAGGGAGAGGAAAAGAUGACAGAUGGAGUAUUUAAUCAUGUUUUGGUUCCAUUGAUGUAUUGAAGAAGAAUAGAAAGAAUAGACCCAUUUUCUAGGACUAUUAUUAAAUCUAUUGGACCAUUAAACCUGUACAUUUAAUGUAGAUUGAAUGGUUCAUUAGAUUUAAUAAGUGUCUAAGAAACCGGGUCUUUUAACCGGUACACUUAAUGUAGAUUCAAUGGUCCAUUGUAUUAUUAAUAAGUUUCCUAGAAACACUCAUAAGUGUCAGGGCCUUUAAGUGUGGAAAUGUAUGGAGUUCUUGAAUAAGUAUGAGAUGAAGAAGUCCAAGUAGAAAUAAAGAGACGAAGGAUUGAGUGAGAAGGUAGAGUAGGUGGUAAGAAUGAAGUGGAAGGUUAAAACGAAAUAAAUAUUGAAGUAAAGAAGAAUAUUAGAAAGGAGGAAGAUUAAACAAAAGUGGACAGUAAAAGAAGGAAAGAAAUGAUAAAAGUAGAACGAUUAAAAAGUAGAUAAAAGAGAGGGGAAAUGAUAAAAUUUGAAAAGGAAGGUAUAAAAGUUUAGACAUUACAUUUGUGAAAGGAGGACAAAAGUAGAGGUGAAUAAGAAAAGUUUUAGUACAAAGAAGAGGAAUUUAUUGGUUAAGAAGAAACUAUUGAAAAUGUUACAGUUCAUAGUGAUAUCUAUUUGUGUUAUUGAAGAGAAGGAAACAACAGAAUUGAAAUUUUAGUAAGAAGUGAAACCUGUAAAGUUUUUAUUACAAGGAAACCCAGUGAUAGCAAGGAGAUAAAAUAUUGAAAAAUUACCAAAAAAAAAAAAUUGGACACCAGUUGAGAAGGAUGGACAGGUUGGUAAUGAAAGAUAUGAAAGAGAAGGAGAAUAAUUAGUUGUUGUAGAAGAAGAAGGGAAGAUGAAGAAGUAAUGACGAGAAAAAUAGGAUAAUGUGAAAAAUUGCAAGUGAAAAAUAAUCCAAGUUCUAUCCUGUUAUUAAUAAUAACACUAUUAGUGUGUAAGAGGAAACGUACAAAUAUUACACAAUAGUUAUUUUAUAGUAGAUGCCGACUAUAUUUUUGAGGCCCCAUUGUUGACGGGGGGAGGGGGGUUAGUUGAGUAGUAUUUUUUAGGUGGCCGUUUCUGAAAACUUUUUUGAAAAUUAGAGUUUUUUGGAAGUAAAAUCUAAUAUAUAAAUAUAAUCUUCUAGAUUGCGAACUAAUAUCUCUUAAGGAAGUGAAUAGUUUGGAAAAAUUGGUAGUUUGGAAAAAAUUGGAAGCUUCUAGGGAGGUUCCCAAUAGAAAGCUUCUAGAGCAUGCUACAGAAUUCUAGAAUAAAUUUAGCAUGGAGGAGUGUGUAUAAUGCUCAGUGCUUUAAACUGAAUUAAUAUUUAUGAUUAAUAACUAUGAUAAAUCCUACAAUCAUAGAGGUUGGGAUAAUAGAAUUUUUGAAACUCCUAGUAAUAUUGUUUGGGAUAGCAGAAUAAUUUCAAAAUUUCCAACAAAUUAUUUCCUUUAGAGAACCUUUGAGUUUUGAAAACUAGUAGAGGUUUCAAGCUUGAAACUGAACCAUUGUUCUUUAAUCUUAAUGGUUCAAAUUAUAAUACCUACUUAUAAUAGUAGGUGCCUGUUGCACAAAAUAAGGCAAAUUUUAAUCGUGAUUCAGGAAAACCAAUCAGAGAAGCCUUAUUUUCGGAAUCGGCUGGAAAAGGAACAUUGAAGCAUGUAUUCUAAAUUUGCUAUUAAUUAACAAGUAAAUUAUUAUUUUGAUAAUUAUUUUGAAUAACUAAAUUAAAUAUUUACAUCAAUAAUUGUAAAAAUUAUUAUUAUUCAAUAUAAAAACAAUGCGAUCACAGCUAGUGAAACAUUUUUCUUUUCUGACCGGGCUCAAACUAUGCAUUAUAAAUGUCCAAGUUUUUUGAAAUUGAAAAAAUUGUUGGUUCCAAUUUUCUGUAUGAGUUGUCAUUAUUGGAAGCUCUGUAUUUCGGAAAGUAACGAAAUUUUUAGGAUGGUAAAUAAUUUAAAUUGCCUAGUCUAAAUACUCAGUUUCUAGCCUAAUAGGUUAACAUAACUUAUAUUUUACCUUGUAUUAUUAGCAAGAUAGUAAUUAAAGUUUAUUCCCAGAGAGGAUAUUUGAGAGAAAGUUUGUGUAGACUUUAUUUGAAGUAGACAACUACUAUUGUAGUAUGUUUACUAACUGUAUCUGAAAAGACGAGAUUUGAUCUUGAUUAUGAGAUUUAAUUGGAUUUGUUGUAGAGUAUUUUAAACUGUGCCAUAUUAUUAUUGAAAUUAAAGUUUGAAAUAAGAAUGUCGAUUGAACUUGUCUGCUAAUAGAGUACAGAGCUUUUGAAUGACUACUCCUACUAGCAAAUUGAAGCUAACUGAUCAAUAUAAUCAGAAGUAACUGAAAAUCAUGUUGAAUGAACUAGAGUUUAAUUUUGAUCAGAAUGUUCCAAAUAAUCUCUGCUAUCACUAAUAAUAUUAAUUUAUGAAAAACUAUUUAAAUUUGAUGAAUAAGUAGAUAUUUAUUUAAAUAUUUGGAGUAAAAUGAGAGAAAUAAAAUGAUAAAUCGUAGUAAUAUAGGAGAGGGAACAUUAAGAUUGAUAUGAUUGUCAAAAUUAUUGAAUAAUAUUGUAAUAAACUUGAAAUUUUUGUAAGAAAAUGCAAGAUAAAUUGGAUUGUUGACAAGUUUAUUGAUUUUGUUUAAAUUUGAAAGAAAUAUUUUCCGAUGCUUCCAAAUCGAAUUGUUUGUAAAGAUUUGUUGUUGAAUUUUUCUUCUACUUCUUCUUCUACUACUUCCUUUGUGAAUUUAUUAUCUUCCUGGAAAAUUUCUCUUGCAUUUUGUCGGAUUAAUUUUCUUCUUCUACUUCUUUCUAAGAAGAUAUUCUUCUCACUUUUUCCAAUCUUCCAUAUUGCUUAGCAUGUAUUGAUACAGAAUGCAUAAAGUAUUUCAUUUAAUUUUUAAUUUGCUACAAAGUCCGAUUUUUCCCCAUUAUAAUUGUGAAUUACUAUGUUGAUUAUGUAUUGUAGAUUUUCAAACUAAGGCGAAUAAUAAUUAUGAUGAAAUUAUCUUGUAAUGAAAUAUUGUCAUCCUAAAUAUAAGAUUACUAGUUACCAUAAAUUGAAAAGCAAUAAUUUUUGGCAUUAACAUUUUAUAAAUUUUCUCUAAGAUUGAAAAAUGUAAAAGGUUUGGGUUAAAUUGAAUUGGAAUGUAGACAUCGAUUAACCUUGUUCUAGAAAAUUCUGUUGAAAAUUGGAAAAUCUUAAAAUUUUAAAAGUUUUGUAAUGUUUUGAACAUUUAUUUCUUGUGCCAUACAUGAAGUUCGAAUUUUCAUAACAUAUACAUUAAGAUAAACUGGCUGUAAUAAUUGAAACGAAACUAUCUUGAACAUGAUUACAUCAAUUAUUUAUUUAAUUGGAAACUACAAUAAUUCCAUUUCAGUUAACCUGAACUUUACUAUUCAGGGAAGUUAUUUAAAAGAACAACACUUUAUUAUUGAAAAAA